AUGCGCGAGGGGCUGGGCAGCGCGUGCGAGGCCGCCCGGCCCCGGCUGUGCCGGCUCUUCCGCAGGAUCCUCGGGUCCAAGCCCGCCUGCAGCCCCCGCGGAACCAGUGCAGCAACACAGGAUGACCCAGAGGGCCCAAACAGCCUUGGCCACAAGCUCCGGAAUGAGUCCCCACAGCCCCACUCAGGCACAGAAAAGUCUCCAGAACCCCCAGUCAAGUUGGAUGAGCCCCUGGUGACCAGCCCUCGAUAUGUGAAGAUCAAAAACUGGGGCAGUGGGGCCAGUUUCCAAGACACACUUCACCACAAAGCUAAAAGGGAUCUUGCUUGCAAGUCCAAAUCUUGCCACGGGGCCAUCAUGAACCCAAAGAGUUUGAUCAUUGGACCCAAGGAUAAGCCUACCUCCCCCGAUGAGCUUCUACCUCAAGCGAUUGAAUUUAUCAACCAGUAUUACGACUCCUUCAAAGAGGCAAAAAUAGAGGCACAUCUGGCCCGAGUGGAAGCGGUAACAAAGGAGAUAGAAAUAACAGGAACCUACCAGCUGACGGGGGAUGAGCUCAUCUACGCCACCAAGCAGGCCUGGCGCAACGCCCCCCGCUGCAUCGGGAGGAUCCAGUGGGCCAACCUCCAGGUCUUCGAUGCCCGGAGCUGUUCUACUGCUCAGGAAAUGUUCGAGCACAUCUGUAGACACAUCCGUUAUGCCACCAACAACGGCAACAUCAGGUCGGCCAUCACGGUGUUCCCGCAGCGGAGCGACGGGAAGCAUGACUUCAGGGUGUGGAAUGCGCAGCUCAUCCGCUAUGCCGGCUACCAGAUGCCCGACGGCACGAUCCGCGGGGACCCCGCCUGCGUGGAAUUCACCCAGCUGUGCAUCGACCUUGGGUGGAAGCCCAAGUAUGGGCGCUUUGAUGUGGUGCCGCUGGUCCUGCAAGCCGAUGGCCGUGACCCGGAGCUCUUCGAAAUCCCGCCUGACCUGGUGCUUGAGGUGCCCAUGGAGCAUCCAAAGUAUGAGUGGUUCCAGGAGCUGGCACUGAAGUGGUAUGCCCUGCCUGCAGUGGCCAAUAUGUUGCUGGAAGUGGGUGGCCUUGAGUUCCCAGGGUGUCCUUUCAACGGAUGGUACAUGGGCACAGAGAUCGGGGUCCGGGACUUCUGUGAUGUCCAGCGCUACAACAUCCUGGAGGAAGUGGGCCGAAGGAUGGGCCUGGAGACACACAAGCUGACCUCCCUCUGGAAAGACCGGGCUGUGAUUGAGAUCAACAUCGCCGUGCUCCAUAGUUUCCAGAAGCAAAAUGUCACCAUCCUGGACCACCACUCAGCCACAGAGUCCUUCAUGAAGUACAUGCAGAGCGAGUACCGGGCGCGUGGGGGCUGUCCGGCCGACUGGAUUUGGCUGGUUCCCCCAAUUUCUGGAAGCAUUACCCCUGUGUUCCACCAGGAGAUGAUAAGCUAUGUCUUGUCCCCUUUCUUCUACUACCAGGUGGAGGCCUGGAAAACCCACAUCUGGGCAGACGGGAAGCGGAGGCCCCGUAGAAGAGAGAUUCACUUCCGAAUCUUGGUUAGGGCUGUGCUCUUCGCCUCUGUCCUCAUGCGUAAGUCCAUGGCAUCUCGGGUCAGAGUCACAAUCCUCUUUGCAACAGAGACGGGGCGAUCGGAGACGCUGGCCCGGGACCUGGGGGCCUUGUUCAGCUGCGCCUUCAACCCCCAGGUUCUCUGCAUGGACGAGUACCAGCUGGACAGGCUGGAGGAGGAGCGACUGCUGCUGGUGUUGACAAGCACAUUCGGGAACGGAGACGCCCCCAGCAAUGGGCAGAAAUUCAAGAAAUCCCUCUUCAUGCUGAAAAAGCUGACCAACAAGUUCAGGUACGCCGUGUUUGGCCUCGGCUCCAGCAUGUACCCUCAGUUCUGCGCCUUUGCUCAUGACCUUGACCAGAAGCUGUCUCUCCUGGGAGCAUCUCAGCUCAGCCCCACCGGAGAAGGGGACGAGCUCAGCGGGCAGGAGGAGGCCUUCCGCAGCUGGGCCGUGCAAACCUUCAAGGCGGCCUGUGAGAGCUUCCAAGUCCGAGGCAAACAACACAUUGAGAUCCCCAAGCGCUACAGCUGCAACGUGGACUGGGAACCACAGCGCUACAGGCUGGUGCAGGACUCACAGCCUUGGGACCUCAGCAAAGCCCUGAGCAGCGUGCACGCCAAGAACGUGGUGACCAUGAGGCUCAAAUCUCUGCAGCCCCUCCAAGGCCCGAAAUCCAGCCGCUCCGUCCUCCUGGUGGAACUUUCCUGCAAGGACUGCCCUGGCCUAAGCUACCUGCCUGGAGACCACCUCGGGGUUUUCCCAUGCAACCAGCCAGAGCUGGUCCAGGGCAUCUUGGAACGCCUGGCAGAUGGCCCUGAUCCCCACCAACCUGUGAGCCUGGAGACCCUCGACGAUAAAGGAAGCUACUGGGUCAGAGACCAGCGGCUACCUCCCUGCUCCCUCAGCCAGGCCCUCACCUGCUUCCUGGACAUCACCACGCCCCCCAGCCAACAGCUGCUCCAGAAGCUGGCACUGCUCGCUGCGGCCAAGGAGGAAAGGCAGCAGCUGGAGGAGUUGAGCCAGCCCUCAGAGUACAGCAAGUGGAAGCUCGCCCACAGCCCCACGUUCCUGGAGGUACUGGGGGCGUUCCCGUCCGUGCGGGUGUCCGCCACCUUUGUGCUCUCGCAGCUCCCGCUGCUGAAAGCCCGCUACUACUCCAUCAGCUCUGCAGCCGCGCACGUGCCCUGUGAGCUCCACCUGACCGUGGCCGUUCUCACGUACCGCACCCAAGCCGGCCAGGGUCCCCUGCAUCAUGGCGUCUGCAGUACGUGGCUCAGCAGCCUGAAGGCUGGAGACCCAGUGCCCUGCUUUCUGCAAAGUGCCAACAACUUCCAGCUACCCCAGGACCCCUCUCAACCUUGCAUCCUUGUCGGGCCUGGCACGGGCAUCGCCCCCUUUCGCAGUUUCUGGCAACAGCGGCUCUAUGAAGCUGAACACAAAGGGCUCCAGGGUGGUCGCCUGACCCUGGUGUUUGGAUGCCGCCACCCAGACCAGGACCACCUCUAUCGAGAGGAGAUGCUGGAGAUGGUCCGAAAGGGGGUGCUGCAUGAGGUGCACACAGCCUACUCACGCCUGCCUGGCCAGCCCAAGGUCUAUGUGCAGGACGUCCUGCGACAGCGGCUGGCAGGUGAGGUGCUCCGCGUGCUACUUGAGGAGCGAGGACACAUCUACGUCUGCGGGGAUGUGCGCAUGGCCCGCGACGUGGGCCUCACCUUGAGGCAGCUGGUGGCCGGCGCCCUGGGCCUGAGUGAGGAGCAGGUGGAGGAUUAUUUCUUCCAACUCAAGAGCCAGGAGCGUUACCAUGAGGAUAUCUUUGGUGCUGUGCUUCCCCGUGGGCAGAGGAAGGACGAGGCCAUAGAGCAGCCCAGCAACCCCAGAGCUCCAGUCACCAGCACAAGAAGUUGA